GGCUUGUUUCCAGCUAUGGUUGACCGGGCUAAAGUCAAACUCCACUGGCUCAAUGGAUCCCGGGCCCAGAGCAUACUAUGGCUGCUUGAAGAGCUCCAGAUCCCGUACGAACUCGCAAUCUAUCACCGCCAGAAGAACAUGCUGGCGCCGCCUGAGCUCAGGAAAAUCCAUCCGCUCGGCAAGUCUCCGGUGGUCAGCAUUACACCACUGGGUGCCUCGGAGCCCAUUGUCCUCGCAGAGAGCGCCUUCAUUCUGCAGUAUUUGUGCGACCACUCCUCGAAGGGGAAGACUCUCGUGCCCCAGCGCUGGAGGGAUGGCGAGGAGGGCAAGUUUGGCGGCGAGACCGAGGAAUGGAUGCGGUACCAGUACCUGCUGUACUACAUCGAGGGCAGCUUCAUGUCUACCAUGGUCCUUGGCUUCAUACUCAGCCGGCUGAAGGGCAGCAGUGUGCCAUUCUUCGUCCGGCCGAUUACGACGCUCGUCGCGAACCAGCUCAUCGCUGUGCUGGUCUUCCAGAACUUGAGACGGCAUUUCGCCAUGAUGGAGCAGUUCCUUUCGACAUCGCCGGGUAACGGCGACUACAUCUGUGGCCGCACUCUCACCGGCGCAGAUAUCCUGCUGUCCUACCCGCUCAUCGCUGGAAAGGACGGUGCGUUUGAUAGCAUGGGGAAAUGGGAGAAGGGAACAUUCCAGGAGACAUUUCCGAGGCUUCAUGCCUACAUCGGGCGGCUGGCCGAAGAGCCGGGAUGGAAGAGAUCGGUGGAGAAGAUCAAGGAGAUUGAGGGCUCCUUCUCGAUCCUGCCGACCCCGGAUCAGCCAUCUGCACGCAUUUGAUGUUGGCCAAUGUUCUGGGCGUGGGGUCCUGAUACACGGAGUGCACGGAGGAACCGAGCAGCCAGGGGGCUGACGGUGAGACGGGGACGGCGGGAUCCAUCCCAAUGGGACUCUGUCACCAGCCAAAAGCCGCACUGUCCCCAUCUGGAAUGUUGACCGAGCAAACUAGCGGCAUGACGUCAAGAUGGAAACUGCCCGUUGGCCAACGAACAAACAAUGGAAAGCGCAAUGCGGCCGCCGC